CUCACCGGAAGUUAAUGGCGUAUACCGCUGAAACGUGAAUACCCCAUACAGUCAGUAACAACUUCUUAUAAAAUUAACUAUAUUGAAGAGGGUGUGUUAAAGAGUAAAUCACAAUGGUCCGCUUGACAGCAGACCUCAUUGAGCAGAGUGCCCAGUACACAAACGCUGUAAGAGACCGGGAACUUGAUUUGAGAGGUUACCGGAUUCCAGUCAUCGAAAACCUUGGCGCCACCCUUGAUCAGUUUGACACAAUAGAUUUCUCUGACAACGAUAUUCGGAAGUUGGAUGGCUUUCCUCUUUUGAAACGACUGAAGGUUUUGCUCUUCAACAAUAACAGAAUGGUUCGAAUAGGGGAGAACCUAGGUGAAGUGAUUCCCAACCUGAAUACUCUGAUCUUGACCAAUAAUGCCAUUCAUGAGCUGGGAGAUCUGGAUCCUCUUGCUUCCUUGUCAAAACUGGAGCACCUCAGUUUGCUGCGAAAUCCAGUGAUUGCAAAGAAACAUUACAGAUACUAUGUCAUCUUCCGAAUACCUUCUCUUCGAGUGCUAGAUUUUCAGAGGAUUCGACUUAAGGAGCGAGAAGCAGCUGCUCGGUUGUUCAAGGGCAAAAAGGGGCAGCAACUUGCAGCAGAAGUGGGCAAGAAAAGCAAGACCUUUGUUCCUGGUGAGGAUCUUCCAGAGAAACGAGCUACUCCUAGUGGACCAUCCAAAGAAGAUAUUGAAGCAAUUAAGCAAGCCAUUGCUCGUGCCUCUACUCUGGAAGAAGUGGAGAGACUGAAGCAGUUGUUAUUAUCUGGCCAGAUCCCUUCCAACAAACCUGCUUCAAACCCACAAGCCACAGGUGGGGAGGAGGAAGAGGAGGAGGAUGAGGAGAUAGAGGAAGAAAAAACAAUGGACAUGCAGGAAGAUCAGGAUGAAAAACCCAGUUUCCAGAAAGAAGAAGAAGCUGAGGAGGAGGACGAUGAUGAAGACAUGGAGACAUAAAGGUUUUAGUGCUGAGUUCAUGUUGAAAAAAGACUGAACACUGUAAAAAAAAAAAGAUUUCAUUUGGCGCAACUCGUUUAGUUGUUGGUUGCAGCAAUCAUCAUUGCUUGAAUUUUUGUCAUACUGUGGUUGCAUUCUUUAUAUAAUCAUCUAUGAUUAAAUGAAAUGUGUGAAUAUGUGCAUGUUGUAUGCAUGUACCAGUAGCUUGUGUUGUAUCAAGUAUUAAAUAAUACUGAGUCUUAUUAGAUGUUGAUAAGUUGUCAUCUAGCAAAGUGGCAGCAUAUACAGAUACACAUUCUCUAAAAAUAAAAAGCAAAUCACUGAGAAAAA